CCUGCAUCAGUUGUAUUUAGUGUGGUCUCAACAGUAGUGUUAAUUUGUUAUGAAAAAAGGGACAUAAUAGCACGAAACUGCUUAGCUUUUUCUUGGUCUUUGGAUUAGAGGGUGAACAGAACAGUGUCUUCCAGGCUGGAAGGAGGCGCUGUGGUUUCUUUGUCUGGGAGCUCAACAAGAGAGGAAGAACAGUCUUUUUGUUUUCAGUCUCUGCAGAUCAGUUUCCAGAGUAUCAUCAUCAACAGCCUGUGAAGGGAGAAAGAUAAAAAGGAGCAAUCAUGCCGAUGUUCACAGUGAACACUAACGUGGCUAAAAGCGAUGUACCGGCGGCUCUGCUCUCCGAGGCCACCGAGCAGCUGGCCAAAGCUAUGGGCAAACCUGCACAGUACAUUGCUGUGCAUAUCAACCCUGACCAAAUGAUGAUGUUUGGAGGAAAGGGCGACCCCUGUGCACUCUGCUCCCUCCACAGUAUUGGCAAGAUCAGCAGUGCUCAGAACAAGCAAUACUCUAAACUCCUGUGUGGACUGCUCAACAAACACCUGGAAAUCGCUCCUGACAGGAUUUACAUUAACUUUACAGACAUGGAUGCAGCCAAUGUGGCCUGGAACAACACUACCUUUGGCUGAAAAGAAGACAACACAGUGAUACAAAAGAUAAUUCUAGUAUGUUCCUGUAUGAGCAGAGUAACAUUUGGCAACAUUAAAAGUCAAGACACCUGGUAAUUUAGAGGCAAAUAUACUGUAUGACUAAUUUGAAAGCACUUAGGUGGACCUUUUUGCAUUGCAUUGAACCUUUUCAAGUAAUAUGCAAUAAAGUAACCCUAAAUAAAUAUGUUUUCCUUGACUGUCCA